AGGUGGCGGCGAGGUGCCGGGACCACGCGCUGCAGGGUCGUGUGGAGCGGGGCUCCAACGCAAACCGCUCCACGUGGGCGCUUUGGGGAGCGGGAGAGGAGGCGCGGCGCCUGUUCAGGCGCCCGAGGGAGGCGUAGAGCGGGCUGCGAGAACAGAGGCGCUCGGGGAUCGGAGGACAACGGGUUCGGGCCAGGGUCAGCCGCCUCGGCGGCGGGGACCUGGCCGAAGCGGCUCCGGCUGCCCUCCGCUCCCUAUCCGGCUCGCCCAAGCCGGCCCGCGCACCCGGAUGGCGUCACGGCGGCGUCGCCCGUCCCGCCUCCGGAACCGGCGGGCAGCACCUGUCCGGGGCUCACCUGCGGAGCGGAUCUAAGGGCUCUGACGCCCGACCCGGCCGUCUAGCCGCGCCCCGGACCACCGCCCGGCCGCGGGCCGCCGCCACCAGCCGGCGCGACAGUACCUGGCGCGCCGCCGGGGCGCGCGCAGGCGCAGAGCAGCGGCGAUCAGUCCCAGCGGCGCCGCGCCCCCCAGUCGCCCCAGCGGGCGUUGGGAAGCCGCACGCAGGAGCAGCAAGGCCACGGUGCCUGCUCCGGGACUGCUCUUUAGGAGGCUACUGUACCGCCUGACUCUCUCUUUAAAGAUUUAAACAGGAGCGCCGCCUUGCCCCACUCAGUCAGCCGAGCACAGAAACUAGCGCAUGCUCGGGCUAGGUGCUAAGAGGAGCGCUUUUAGACUUAUUUUGAAUCGGGCAUCCACAAGGACACGCACUUCCUGGGUCCUCCAGGGGCAGCGGCACCACCUCUCCCUGCCCAGGUGGCCGCUGCAGCAGGCACCCCGAGUUAUUCAGUGAACGGGCUCACUGCCGCCAGGACAACCCUCUGAACAAAAGAACUGCUUUGGUGUGUGCGGUGCGGCUAUUUUCCCCUUCACGAGUUUCUGUUUGUUCUCUGGAUCACAGAAACCCAGUGUGGAUGGGCUUGCAGCUGUUCCGUCCAGGACUUUGGACACUGAUGGACCCCAGAGACCCAUGCUGCCCGCCUUGGGGUCAAGGAUGAGCCCUCCUGUUGUUGGGAAGCCUGUGGUGACCCACGUCUCCGGGGAAGCCCGCCUGCGCCUCCUCGCAGCCCGUUCUCUUUCCCAAGUCCUGAGAGCGAGCAGAGCAACCACAGGCCACCUUGCCCCAGAGGCUGUGGUGAUUUCAUUACAUUUUGGAGUCAAAAUGCCCGGGGAAAGGCCCCUGAAUGCAACGGCCAUCCCGAGUGCAAAAAGGGAACAGAAAGCAAUUACCCUCGACAUAAAAUUAGAAGUGUUAAGACGAUUUGAAGUGGGUGAAAAGCUCAGCCAGAUCUCAAAGGCCUUAGACCUUGCCGUCUCCACAGUGGCGACAAUCCGAGAUAACAAAGAAAAAGUCAAAGCGAGUUCUCGAAUAGCUACUCCCUCGAGAGCCUCUCGGUUGACCCGCCAUCGAAGCGCGGUCAUGGAGACCAUGGAGCAGCUGCUGCGUGUGUGGCUGGAAGACCAGAGCCAGCAGAACAUGCCGAGUGUCGCCAUGAUUCAGGAGAAGGCCAAAAGUUUGUUUGAUGACUUACAACGUGAACAAGGUGAGAGCUUUCAAAAAGAGAGUUUUCAUGCAGGUAAAGGGUGGUUUGUGAGAUUCAAGGAGCGCCAUUGUUUGCCCCACUUCAGGAUGAACAGCACAGCUCCUGGCAGCAAGGACGCGUACCCGCAAAUGCUGAAAAGCAUCAUCGAGGAAGGUGAGUACACCCCCCAGCAAGUUUUCAAUGUAGAUGAGACAGGGCAUUAUUGGAAAAGAAUGCCUAAAGGAACGUUUAUUGCUAUGGAAGAAAAAGCUGGGCCAGGGUUUAAAUCUUCCAAAGAUCGCUUGAUGCUGCUUCUCUGUGGCAACGCAGCUGGGGACUUCAAGCUGAAGCCCUUAUUGGUAUACCACUCAGAAAACCCCAAGGCUCUAGAGGGGUACUCCAAACCCAAUUUACCUGUGAUUUGGCGCUCAAACAAAAAGGCCUGGACAACCAGGAGCAUUUUUCAUGAAUGGCUCACAUACUUUUCUUGUCCUGCUGUUGAAAAAUACUGUGUCCAAAAUAGCCUACCCAACAAAGCAUUGCUCAUCCUAGACAAUGCAGCAUGCCACCCUGUCAAUUUGAGUGAUCUGUCUGAUAACAUAAGAGUGGAAUAUCUUCACGACAGUGCAGCUGACCUGAUGCAGCCCAUGGGUCAAGGUGUAGCCUCUACCUUCAAAGCUCAUUACCUGAAAAGGACUUUUGAGCACAUCCUAGAAGUGACAGAUGGCGAGGAUACAGCGAUGAUCGGGGAGUUUUGGAGAAACUACAACAUCAUGGAUGCUGUGGACAACAUCGCAGUAGCUUGGGGGGUACUCAGACCAGCAACAAUGAACAGUGUGUGGAAGAAACUCUGGCCCCAGUGUGUUCUGUCCCAGGAUGUUGCCCAAUCAGAUGAUGUCACACAGCUUAAAAAAAACAUUGUGUCCCUCGCCAAGACUGCGGCCUUUGAAACAGUUGUGGAAGCUGACAUCACCCAGCUGCUAGAGUCUCAGGAGGACACGCUCUCCAAUGAGGAGCUGAUGCAGCUGGGGCAGAGGCCAGCAGGAGAGGAGGAGAGCGGAGACGCCCAGCCUGCCCUUCGUCAGCUGACCACAGGAGAGCUCUCGACAGCCUUCUCACAUUUCGAGGCUGGUUUACAGCUCCUCACCAGUAGCUUCCCCAAUGAUGAGUGGAAGCUGAAAGUUUCCAGAGCAAUCAAUGAUGCAAUCAACUGCUACAGGGAAUUGUACAAUGAGAAGCGGCGCUUGAAGCAACUGCCCUAGGUUGUCUUCCAGUGCGUGAGACCAAG